CUUCUCUCUUUCAACCAGCUGCAUUCACGUUCACUCCAGUACGACUACACGUCCAUGACUUCAUACGUUAUAUUGUCAGAAAAUGGCUCGUAAAGUCGUCCUCAUGACCGGCUGCUCUUCUGGGAUCGGCCUUGCUACGGCUACACGUCUCGCCCACGACCCUGCCCAGCGAUACAUCGUCAUCGCUACCAUCAUAUCAAUGUCAGAGAAGGAGAGCUUGGAAGCUGCCGUAGAGAGCGUCCUUGGUAAAACUAUUUCCAUCGAGAAAAUGGACGUCACAAAUGAUGAGGACAUUGCGACCGUGGUCGAUGGCACUUUCAGGAAAUACGGCAGAAUCGAUGUUCUAAUCAAUAUAGCUGGUCUCACCAUUGUGGGGCUUCCUGAACGUAUUACAAGAAAGCGGAUGGAGCAAGUCUUUAACGUUAAUGUGUUCGGGCCAAUAAGACUUACGCAAGCUGUCUUACCCGAGAUGAAACGAAGAAGAUCGGGGAAAAUAGUAACCGUGUCUAGUUUGACAGGAAGAAUAGGUUGCCCGUAUGCUGAAAUCUACGGGUCUUCCAAAUUUGCUGCAGAGGGCUAUUUCGAGAGCCUAUCUAUAGCUUUACGCUCGUUUAACAUAAGGAUUUGUUUGGUAGAGCCAAGUGAGGUAUCCACCGGUCUGUUAGCUCAGUCCCAACGUGAUUUUGCAUCGGAAGCCAAUGACCACUCUAUAGAGGACAUCGAUCGCCGUCAGCUAUCGAGUCUGAAUAAAUACGUAAAAGCAAUGCCAAAUCACACUCCCGACGUCGUGGCCAAGGAGAUAGCAACUCGUUGUCUCGACGUCGACGACCCCGUCCUCCGGCAUCUUGUCAUAGUUCGUGGACGAGAUGAAAUUCGAGAAAUGCUGUCUGAUCUUACCGGCGAAAAGAGGAUCGGGCAGAUGGUGAAGGCAAUCAGCAGGUUGUAGUCGACAAAAUGCCGCGCGUUUGCAAUGCCAUGAGGGUGUCAAUUUGUUGCCUAGUUCUUUUGGGAUGAUAGUCUUCAUUAAGGGGUGGGAGUUGUUGUUACUGUUUUUGGCUUUCAACGACUUAAAGGUAUUGUUUAACUUUGUGAGCAGCCGAUUUAAAAAAUGCUCAAACCAAGA